AUUACAUUUACAACAACAAUAUACCACGCUCGAAAAUGAAUAUAUUCUUCAGCAAGUUAUUCGAAGACAUCGCAAAUAUUUUUGAGUCACCAUUUCUGAUAUGGGAAAUGCUCACCAUGCUGCGUGUGGGCGUCAAAGGUGAAAGCGCGCUAGAGUUGGACGAUUUUCUAAGAUCCAACGCGCCCGAAAUUGAAAUCAGCGCAAAUGAUUUGGAGCUCUUAAGAACACGCUACAUGCUGCCGGCGAACUUGAAAACGAAUUGCCAUACAAAUCAAAGGAUUUUAACGAUUGCCAAUCGUAUAUUCAUUAACAAAGGCACACGCUUAAAGGAAAGCUUUAUAGAAGCGCUCCAAAAGCGGUUCGCCUGUGGCAUACAGGAAGUCGACUUCAGUGCGCGGACACAAGCUGCCGACGCCAUAAAUGCGUGGGUGAGCCAUGCUACGCACGAGCGCAUACGCGACAUAAUAUCCUCGCACGAUGUGGGUGCCAAUACACAAGCGGUGCUGACGAAUGCGAUCUACUUUAAGGCGAAGUGGCAGCAUCAGUUCGAGACGAUCGACACGAGACAAGAAUACUUUCACUUAAACUGUGACGAGAAGUUACUCGUGCCAAUGAUGAGUCAGACAAUGAAUAUACGCUACGGUCACAUGUCAAGUCUCAAUGCUGUGGCUAUAGAGUUGCCAUAUCGCGAUUCUGAUCUGUCAAUGCUGGUGAUAAUGCCAAUAGAAGCGUCGUCGUGGGCCGGUUUGGUAGCUAUCUCGCAGCUGAAAUUGUCGGAAGUGCUGGGUCACAUGGAGUACCGGAAAAUCUGUGUGAAACUGCCGAAAUUCUCAUUCAACUGCACCAUUGAUGUGCAUAGCUUGCUUACGCAGUUCGGCGUGCGCGGCAUUUUCCAAGCCAGUCAGGAUUUCAGUAAUCUUAUUGCGGACCAUGCUUCCAAUUUCAGUGUUUCGAAAAUCAUACAAGAGGCUUUUAUCAAUGUGACCGAGGAGGGUACGGAGGCCGCUGCCGCGACAGCUUGCUGCAUUGAUGGUCCCGUCUAUUUUGAUGAGACGUUUCAUGCGGAUAGACCCUUUUACUUUUGCAUAAAAAAUAGAAAUCUCUUGAAACUUUUCGAUGGCUGUUACCGUAGACCGUGUUAAAGACUAAUGGUAAUGCUCACAUAUUGCUUGACUAAUUUAAGAAUGAGAGUAUUCAGUAUAUAUUAUCUUACAUUAAAACUUUAGAAUAAG